CGCGCGUCAUGCGCGUUGUUCGAGCACCAGAUUCCCUCGAGCAUAUUCACGAACUCAUUGCUCAUCGCCAACGACGGCACUUCAUUUUUGUUUCACUUGUGAAGCGCUUCCGCGGAUGGCUUACCGAUUUUGCUCAACUGUUUUAGCUAUAUUGCCCUGGACCGUUCAGAGUCACCAACGGAAAAUCGGCGCAAAUGGCGCAGUCACAUCAGAGGUUGAGGUGUGCAGCACGGUUGGCAUCGAUUUACUUCGCGAUGGAGGCAAUGCAGCCGACGCAGUAAGUUACUUGUACAGGCGGAACAUCGCUGUCUGAUUCCAAUAGGCCAUUGGCACAACGCUGUGUGUUGGUGUUGUAGGUGA